AUGAAUACGAAGACGAAGUUCAAGGGACUUUAUCGAACCUGCAUCCAGCCCAUGGCGUUCCAACAAGGCGAACUUACCAAUGCCAAUAACUCGCCAGAUGCUGAGCCGCUUCCAAGGACGCACCCAGCUGAGAGUCCUCUGCAGCCAUUAGAAUUCGAUGUGUCUCAAUCCCCAGAGCUCGGCGAGAUUUCGUCCACACAGCCAGGAAGGCUGAAUAUGAAUGAGUUGCGACUUCUCCAACAUUUUCUCCUGAAUACAGCCAAAAGGAUGAGUUUAAACCCAGAAAGAGGAAUUGUCUGGCAACGAGUUAUUCCAGAACUAGCAUCGAAGAACGAAUUCUUGAUGCAUUUGAUGCUUUCGUUGGCUGGCGUGCAUAUGUUGUCGGAGAGUCAAAGUCGAAACCACACCGAUAUCAUCAGCGAUGCAGAUUCAAAUGUGGAUGCAGGGGCGAACGACCUUGAAACACCAACUCUGAUAGAUCUUAACAUUGUGAUAGAACACCACCAGAAAGGUCUCCGUAUGUUCCAAGAAGUAUUAUCAACAGUAUCAGCUGCCACCGCAGAAGCUGUAUCCUGUGGUUCUUUUUUGCUCGUUGCCUUCGCCUUUGCGUCCCUCCACCUCAGAGACCCGGAGAAAAGCUUCACACCAGCAACCCAAAGCUUGAACACAGGAAGACCACGGCUUGAUUGGCUCCAUCUUGUCCGUGGACUAACAAUUGUUACGGGUCAGCAUUGGCACACCCUCAGACGCAGUCGAUUGAGAGCCCUUCUAUAUUAUCGGUACAGGAACGACGACUGGAAGCUUCAUCCACGGCUGUCCACGCCAUCACUUCCUCGUCUGAAGCAUUGCUCCCCGCGGUUAAAACGGUUUGCACACGGUGCAUACGAAGCCAUUUCAAACCUACGGAUUUUGACAAGUAACACAACAAGUAUUGCUACUCCGACAUCUACACACUCCUCAUGCAGUUUUCUCUCGGAAAAGCAAGACGAACACGCUCAGACAAUCGAUAUCAUGGAGGAAAUGUAUAUGCGUAUCUUGCAUGUACUACACUUUCCAGGGGGCGAGCAGGAUGCUUCGGCUGCAUUGGAUAUUGAAGCUGAUAUUGAAGAUGCAGCAAUUAUAUCCUGGCCACAUCUUGUUCCUGGUGGGUUUAUUUACACGCUAGAAUUGAAUGAGGGGCUUGGGGUUGCCGAGGGUGUCUCAUACACUAUUCUUGCUCAUUUCUACUUGAUAAUUGUUCUGUUUGAGAAUACUUGGUUCUUGAAAGGGGGAUUUGAGAAGGAGAUAUCAAAGAUAAAUACCCUUGUUGGUAGCUUAGGGGACAGCCAACUGGGUUUAUUAAUGCGAUGGCCGGUGGAAGUAAUCGCUCUGGAGUGA